UCUGCACGGACGGCCGAGCUGAGCGCGGCUUGCCUCGUCAUGUUUACGAAGCGCGGCGUGGAGAAAAGCGCCGCCGACCCCCUGGAAUGAUCCGAGACGCCUCCGCCUCCCCGCCGGAACCGGACUUGGACCUGUGCGUAAAAACGCGCGACGGCAACAGCCAGACAUCCGCGCUGAUUUGAGCGGAGGAUCGCCUCCUUUUUAUCCUUUUUCCUCGUGCACGACGCUCCCCCAUCACAGACGGAGGGAAUCCAUCUCAUUUUGAAAAUAAGUAAACAAACAAAGCAAACAACAGCUGAACAGCUCCUGUUGGAAUUCUAGAGGAGCAGGGACGUAAAGAAGACCAUGGAGGCCCUGCUGCCUGUGCUGAAGAGCCACCCUGGCCCGGUGGUGCUGCUCUGCUCUCUGCUGUUCAGGGUGGCCCACCGGCUGCUGCAGAGGCUGCCCGUCCCCACGGUGGUCCGGCAGGACGCCUUCCGCUCCUGGAAGUGGAAGAACCUGUCCGUGUCCAUGGUGCACUCGGUGCUGACCGGGACCUGGGCUCUGACCUGUGUGGUGAUCUGGCCCGAGACGCUCAAUAACAUCUACAAUUUUCACACCCCUCUGUCCUACCUGCUCAUCUGCGUCUCCACAGGUUAUUUUGUGCAUGAUGCAGGCGAUAUCGUUCUGACGGGACACGGCAGAGGAUCAUGGGAGUUCCUACUCCAUCACGUCUUGGUGAUCUGGUGUUUCCUGUACACCCUGUACACCCAACUCUACAUUGCCGGUGCUUUGAUCGCCCUCUUUGUGGAGGUCAACAGCGUCACCCUGCACUUGAGGCUGAUGCUGAAGCUGGCCAACGCUCAAUCCUCCCCCAUUUACCACAUCAACAAGAUCAUCAACCUCGUCACCUACGUCCUCUUUCGCCUUGGCACCCAGUUCUACCUCACCUGGUACAUCGUCCACAACUACUCCUGGCUGGACCACGGCGGGUACUUCCUCGGCACCAUGAUAAUGAUGAACAUCAUGAUGGUGAUUUACUUCUACCGUUUGCUCCGCACUGACUUCUUUCCCCGAAGCAAGAGGUACGCGGGACAGAACGGCACGCACAACAACAACUCCAAGAAGUUUCUCAACGACUGACCGGGGGGAGCGGUUUGCAGGACUGCACCACGUAUUUCAUUUAAGACGGAAAGUUUACAGAUUUUGUUGUGUUUUUAUGCUCUUGACAACAGAUUCACUGCCAAAGAAGAAGCUCCCCAAAACACGUAGCCUUUUUCGGGUGCUGCUUUUACACAGAAAUUUUAAAGUAGGAAAUUUUAACUAAAUUUAACACGUGUUUAAGUGAAAAUUGACAAAUCCUUGAAAUUGUACAUGUUUUGGCGUAAUGGACAAUGUUUUAUUCGUUGAAAUACCAAGAAGGUUUCUUAGGUGUUUUGUAAAAAUGUGACCAGCAUUUCUCUUGAUUGCUUUCCGACUGAAGGUUAAAGUUGAAGUUUUGACUCAAGCUUUAGGCCUUGGGACCAAUUUUUCUGACUAGGUCAUAUGAAGCAUAAAGUAAUUACAUAAUAAAAAAAAUAUACAGUCGACUAAGUAGCAAUAACACUGAGUGAGAUUUAAAAUUAACUUCUGUAUCAAACUGUGAAUAAGCACUGUGUGCUAAUGAUUAUUAUGCAUGCAGAAGAAGUAGGGGAAGCUUGGCUUUAUGGAAUGGGAUUCUUAAAUUGACAUACAUAACAUUAAUGGAAAGAUAAUAACAAGCAGUGUGAUGUAAAUAGGUUUGGUCUGUUUUGUUUUCAAUGAGCAGUGACUCUUUUUUAAAAAGUGAUCCACUGGCGGCUAUGUAGAGAUGACAAAACCCAACUUUAAUGUUAUUGGUCGUUUGAUAAUGUAAUGCUUGUAAAAUGCAUUUGUUAGCCUUACUUCACAAUGAAAAGAAUGAUGACCGUCCCGUGUCUGUAAGCUAAAUAUAAAGAAUAUGCCACAGAUCUUUCCUUUGUACUAAUACUAAGGAUGAAACUAGUUGGGAUGUCAGCAAUAGGAUAAGAAUACAAACAACUUGGACCACCUAGUUUUCAAUGGAAACGUACCAACAAGAGAAAACAAAUGAAUAGAAAUAAAUUAUGUUGACCUGAGUGACCAUUGUAGCCUAUCACAGUGAAUAAAACGCAGAAGCUAGCGAAUCCCAGAUGAGAUUACAGAAUUAUUGGUUGUGGAUUAGAAAAAUAACUUUUAAAAAAAAAUCCAGUUAUUGAUUUUAUAAUAAUCUUAUGUCAAUUUAAAGAAAAGUGUUGCAUUUUUGACACUAUUAAUAUAUAUAAAAUAUAUGUACUUACAGCUUUCUAAACGCUAAAGCUACAGGUAGCUAGCUUCUCUUUUAUUUUUUAAUAUGACACUAAUUGGUGAAAUGUAGUUAACUAGAUAACUGGUAAACAGUUUAAAGCAGUUUAAAGAAGAUGAUCAACUUUUGUUUGCUUUUCAAAAAGCAUUUUUUUCUUAUUCCUGUCUAAAUGCUACAAGUUAGCUUCCUAUUUAGCUUACAAACAUGAGAAUGGUACUGAUCACUUCAUUAAAAUCUCUCGGAAUCAAUAUUUUAUUAUAACUAAAGCAAAAAAAAAAGGAAAGUAAAAGACAUUUAAGUGCAGUUACAAUUAACCUUGUUAGGUGCUAGAUGGAUUUCCUUAUUUAUUGUGAUGUUGCUAAUGUUUUGAGUCAGGUUGAUCGUUGCUUGCUACUUUAAAUGGGCACUGGACACAAGAGAGGUACUGAAAUUAUUUAUAACUAUAUUAUUUGCUGCCGGAAUGCUAUCUUGUGGUGAUGUUACACUUGUCUAUUGCGGUGUAUGUUAAGAAUAUUUCAGUGUGUAUUUGAAAUGGGUAAUCGCUUUUUGUCUGCUGCUUUUUGUACGGCACACUCACUAUACUGUAUGUUGCAAUAUAUUUUGCAUCUGCAUGGGGAAAAAAGCGUGUUUCUUUUAUAGGGGUUUUUGACUAAUGUUGUUGACACUUGGAAUUUUCUGAAUUUGCAUUUUAAUAUUGUAUAAUUUUGUGGACCAAUCCUUCUGUCUCUAUGAGGCCAUGUCUCCAGGUAUGGCUGAAGAGAUGCUGGACCGGACAGAGUUGUUCAUGACCAAUUGAACUGCUAACAUGCCAUGAUGCAGGAUCAUUUUUGGUCCUUCUUUAACUCUUUGAUCAAAUCUGUUUCUAACUGACUCCAGUGGAGCUGAAACCGGACCUUUCUGCCAUUUGUUCUCGAGGAACCCUGAAAAAAAGAUCUUUCAUACCGAGCAGGCAGCAGCACAAUCGUUUGGUUUGGUUAAUAGCGACACUUUGGAGAUGAUCAACUUUUAAAGAUUGAACCUGGUCGACGUAUAUCUCCUCUUAUUUCCUCAGAAAUAUAAACACUAUGUAAAUAUUUGUCCUCAAGUGCAUAUUUUUUCUUCAUUUUUAUAGAUGUAUGUGUUUGUUGGCUCUAAGUGGAAUUGAUCAUUCCAUAAGUUGUAACUGCUGAUGACAGUAAAAUUUUACUGACAAGUUUAUUCCUCAGACACAACAUUAGAUGCCCUCUGGUCUUCCUCAUGGAGAGAAACGUGGACAAGUUUGGAUCCUGAGACAUCAGCAGUAUAAACUUUGAUUUACUUCCAAAAAGGCAUGAGGACGUUGCAAGAACUAAAUCAUCAGGGUGUAACAAAACAACCCCCAUAUAACACUCUUUAACAAUAGUCAGAAUGUUGUGGCUGAUCGAUGUAAACUUCAUUUUAUAUUUCAACCAACGGCAAGAAAAAAAAGGCGUAAAUGGAGCUGAUGUGCGUCUGACCUUUGCUGUUGUGCCUUUCGCCCAAGUGCCUUUUGAACAUAAGCAGAGACUACAAUAACUCGAAGUUUCCCACACAGUGAAGGGAAGGGGUUGCAACAGUUAUUUCGAUUGAUCAUGAGCACAAUAAUGUAAAUGACUCUCGUAUUAAAAGUGUCUUUCGAACCACUGAGUGAAUAAAAAAGUGUUUAGAAUUA